CAAUUUAAUACCAAAGCUUUAUCUUUUGAUGCUUAGGCCAAGAGAAGAAAUCGGUCAUAUUUUUUAUCGCUAUUCGAACCUCUGGAUCUCUAAUGUCGUUACCACCAUCACCAAACAAUGCUAAGUGCCGACGAGGAACGCAAGAAGAAAAACCGACUAAGUAAACGUCUAUCCCGACAACGGCAGCGACAGCAGCGCCUACUCACACCACUGCAGCUGAGAACGGCAGGAUGCUCAGAAGUUCCAUCUUCUUAUGAAGACAUCGCAGAUGAAGAAGAUCACGGGCAUGGGCAUUGGAAUGCACCGUCAUUUGCAGAUCGGGGGCAUUGCUCUCAGUCUCUCAGUCUCUCACAUGUGCCUGACCAGACGACGCCGGCAGCCCCGACGCCAUAUUGCAGUCCUGCGUCGUCAUCUACCCUGGCAUAUGCAGGACAAGCCGGGUCUCUCCCGGCUCGGGCCGAAGAUCUUCUCUCGUCGAGGAAUACGACCCACCCGCGUAACGCGGAGUCCAGUCCCGACUUCAGCUUUCUGGGGGGUCUUGAACACGCCGCCGCAUUCGACCCAUGGUCUGCUAGCUGCAACUACGGCUUCAAUCUCGACUGGGAGCCAUUUGAGCCAAGCCCGAACGAGUCGGGCCAAAGUGCAUCAAUGUCUUGUUCGCAAUGGUCGAGUACCACUGGCAAGCCAUCCAGCACAUCUACGCAAACGGAGACAAGUCUGCAGUAUGAUGCCCGUGAACACCCCCUGCAUCGAGCCAUUGCAGCAGGCAACACGGAAAUUGUGCAGCUGCUGUUGCAGUACCACGCAUCCGUCGAAGUGAGAAACCAGGUUGGUAUGACGCCGCUGCACGUUGCAGUCGAGCACAGAAACCUUCCGUUGAUCAGAAUACUCCUCCAAUUCGGCGCCAGUGUGGACGCCCGGGAUAAUAAUGGACGGAUGGCCUUGGACGUGGCAGUGGAUGCAGGUGAUGCCACCAUUGUACAAACCCUUCUCGCCCAUGGUGCGAAUGUAUGAAUGGCCAAGUUGGGGAAACUAAAUUUCCAUGUAUCAAUGGGGAAUGCAUGAGGAGUGCGCAUUGAGAUAAAUAAAAUACAUAAU